GGACGCACUCGUGGUGGAGAGUUGUUUACAAACAACGAAAGUGUCAGAAACAAACUGAAGUCGAUGCUGAAAAUGCGGAAAUGUAUGGAAUAAUUAAUUUUCGCAAAAAGCAUGGGGGCUAAGGACAGUCCUCAGCGAAUAUAAACAUCACUGACUCUUCAUAUUCUCAGUGUGUGGAAGCAGUGAAAUAAAGCCGAGCAGGUGCAGUGUCAUAGACAGUCAUAGAGGUGUUGGCUGUGGGCAGUCAGCAGGACACAUGGCAGAGGAAAGCAACAAGCUGACACUGAGGCGCCUGGAGGCACCGAUCCACAAGUUCAUUAAAGUGGCUCUUCCCACGGACCUGGAGAGGCUGCAGAAACACCACAAUAACAUACUGAAGUACCAGCAGAGCCACCAAUGGGAUCGCCUCCAUCAGGAGCACGUCAAUGCCAGCAGAACUGUUCAGCAGCUAAGAGCUAACAUCAGAGAGAUGGAGAAGCUGUGUGCUCGGGUCCGUGCAGAAGAUGCUGCCUCUCUUGAAGCGCUUGUAAAGCCUGUCAGAGACAGGGCAUCAGCUGCUGCACAAGACUUCCUGCUUUUGCACUCUAACCCCGUGCCUCAGCCUGCACCAACACCUGCAACUCAACCAUCCAGUUGUGGGUCCAGCAGUUACACUUCCGAUGAAGAUGUUGGUGAGAAGCUGGUGUCUGGGAGGCAAAUUCAGCUCCACCUCCCAGAAAUCCCCUUGGAUCAGAGUGCAGCUGAGUCCUGGGACAGCCUGGAAGAGGAUCUAAAGGAGCUGUGCGGUUUAGUGACGGAGUUCUCUCUUGUCGUUCAUUCCCAGCAGGAGAAGAUUGACAGCAUAGAGGACAACGUCAACACAGCCGCUGCCAAUGUGGAGGAGGGGACCAAGAGCCUGGGGAAGGCGGUGGGCUACAAGUUGGCGCUGUUGCCGGUUGCCGGAGCACUGCUGGGCGGUGCACUAGGAGGACCUCUUGGCCUGCUGGCUGGGUUCAAAGCUGCAGGGGUGGCUGCUGCUCUGGGAGGGGGCGCCUUAGGGUUUGCAGGGGGAAACCUGGUAAAGAAACACAAGAAAGCACAAGUGGAAGGACAGAUGAAACAGCUGACGGCACCACCACUAGAAUCAGCGACGAAAGCAGAGUCAGGCAAAAACAAAUGACCUACCUCGGGUUCAAACCACUGUUGACUGACCAAUCAGAAGCACAUCCUGAUCACAUGCCUUAAGGACACUCGGCAUCAGAUGUUAUCAACAAACACUGCUAUAAAAACAAAUGUGUAAUAAUGAGACCAUUCUUCAGGAGACAGAUACUCUGAUGUUCAGAUGUGAAUGGAGUUCCUGUGAGGACAUGAAUCUAACUUCAUACACAAGCGUUUUUUUCUUUUUCUUAGCGAAGCAGUUAACACUACAGCUUUCACUUUCAAAUAGCCAUGAGCAGAGAUCUUCUCUGAAGUUCCUAAUAAAGUUCUAUCAAUUUAACAAACCGCAUCGUUCUGCCAGAUGUUAUCACUAACAAAGACCUUGUUUGUGUGUUCCUCCUCGAGUUCACAUCUUAUGUUUUUUUAAUAUUGUUCUUCUGCACCAAGGUUUCUUAAAGUCUACCUGUAACCAUGCCUUAAUGUUUCUUUGUGCAGAUAUUUAAAUACAACUUUGAACAUCUGUAUGUCUCUAACUAUAGUACGAUUGUUUUCCCCCUUAGAUCCUGUAAUCUACAUUUACAUGAUUAUGUAAAUAAAAGUGUUCCUGCUUAGAUGUUGGUGUAAAUUAUACUGUUUAUGGUUAUAUUUGUUUUUAAUUGUGUGGGAUGAAAUAUUGCACAAAAAAAGUACCAAAGUGCCAAAGUUCAGAGCCCUCCAGGGUCUCCAGUAAGAACCUGCCAUGUAUUGAUUAAACUGUUGCGGAUUUUCUGCCAAAUACAA